UCAUCAGGGCUGCGCCGUGAUUCUCUUGUUGUUUGACUGCAGAAGAAAAGUUUCCAGAUACGGAAGAAAAACUCCAGAUGAAACGACUGAGAUCUGUGUGACAAACUGCUGUAAAGAUGGAGUUUAUUAAAGAAGAGAGUGAAGACAUCAGUAUUACACAAACAUGUGGGAUAAAAACUGAAGAUACUGAAGAACAAAGAGACCUGAUGGAGCUGAAAGAGGAAAGUCAAGAUCUGAAGGAAGAGGAGGAGAAACAUCAGUAUCAGAUACCUGUUGAUGUCAUUACUGGAGAACAAUCUUUUAGUGACUCACAGACUGAAGAAACAAAAUCCAAAAAAUCUUUCACUUGUUCUCAGUGUGGAAAGAGUUACACUCGUCAAGGAAGCUUGAAUCGUCACAUGAGAAUUCACACUGGAGAGAAUCCUGACACAUGUCAUCAGUGUGGAAAGAGUUGCACAGGUAAAGGAGGUCUUAAAAGAUACAUCAUAACUCACACUGGAGAGAAGCGUUUCGUAUGCUAUCAUUGUGGAAAGAAUUUUGCAUUUAAAAACAGCCUUGAUUAUCGCACAGCAGUUCAUAUUAGAAAUAAGUCUUUUGCAUGCCAUCAGUGUGGAAAGAGAUGCAAAGGUAUAGGAGGUCUUGACAGCCAUAUGAGAAUUCACACUGGAGUGAAGUGUUUUGUUUGCUAUCAUUGUGGAAAGAGUUUUACAUUAAAAAAAAGCCGUGAUUAUCACAUAGCAGUUCAUAUUAGAAAGCCUUACACCUGCCACCAGUGUGGAGAGAAUUUCAAAAAUAAAGAAAACCUCAAGCAACACAUGUUCAUUCACACUGGAGAGAAGCAUUUCACUUGUCUUCAGUGUGGAAAUAAUUUUACAAAUGAAGGAAUACUGAAGCAACACAUGAGAAUUCACACUGCAGAGAAGCAUUUCACAUGCUGUCAGUGUGGAAAGAGUUUCACACAAAAAGGAAGCCUUAAUAUCCACAUGAGAAUUCACUCUGGAGAGAAGCCUUUCACCUGCCAUCAAUGUGGAAAGAGUUUCUCAAGUAAAGAAAGUCUGGACUGUCACAUGGGACUUCACAUUGGAAAGAAGUCCUUCACAUGCCAUCACUGUGGAAGGAGUUUCAAAUUCAAAGGAAGACUUGAGAACCACAUUGGAAUACAUGCUAGAGAGAAGCAUUUUUACAUGCCAUCAGAAUCGGACUCAGAAAGAGCUAUUUUGCCAAGUUUGCUCACAGACUAAAGGAAUGUCUCUUCAGUCACAGAAGCUUCCAGUACACACAAAAUAUACAGUGAUACACAGAAUAAUAAAAUGAGUAAUAUAAUUACAAACAGGACAGGCUAACCUGUGUUUUAAUUUAAUCAGAUUUACAUAAUCUUUUUUUGUCACAUUACUUAUUUACAUUGUUAGGUUAUGCUAGUUCGCUAACAAUAGCAUGUGCUAGAAUGCUAAAUGUUAAGUAGUUUCUCAAAAACACAAAAUAACACUUAAUUUCAAAAUGUUUACUCUCCCGAUCAAGUCCCACAAAAGCAUGCUGAGAACUACAAUUCCCCCACCCAGUUUCAGUUGUCAACAAAAUGUAUCCAUAUAGUACCAACACAAAUGGAUUAAGUAAAACUCCAUUGUGAUGAGGAGGAGGGCCGGGCCGGGCCAUGAGGACACACACCCGGCCCUGAAUUGGGCUAAUCAGCCAAGAGGGGUAUAAAGACGAGCCAGAGGUGCCAGUUCGAGAGAGAGAGACACAUGAGGCCGCUGUGUGUGUGUCUAUGUGUUUAAGCUGAUUUGAGUUCAUUAAUGUUAUUAAAACUUACGUUGACUGUUCAGCCGGUUCCCGCUGCCUCCUUGCCCACCUUACCCCAUUACAUCCAUUAAAAAAAAAAAAAAGUAGAUUGAAUUCAGUGAAAUUAAGCUGUAACAAAAUGUUCAAGAAUUGUGUUGUAUUGGCUCAUUUUAAUAUGUAUGUAAUUUGAACAAGCAUAAAAAUAUACAGUAUUUGUGCUGUUGAACAUACUUGAUUGGUUCACAUUCACACUACAUAAUUUAAUCUAAUUCAUUUUAGAGAAUUACAUUAAUCAAAAGCAAAGAAAACAAGUUUAAAAGAGAAACCCAAUGUGUUCUGUAGAUCGCAAAUAAUAUGAUUUAAUAAAUCGAACAACCAGCAUUUUCCCCUUUUUUUCAGUGAAGCUGGCUGCAACAGAGCUUUGGGCCAAUUAACGAACUGUCACUUGCACGGGCCAGUGCUAGACUGACCACAUUUACACCUGGUAUUAACAUGUGUUUCGGGUCUUGCAAACAAAUGGUCACAAGAUCGAUUUGAGUGAUCAGGUGUAAAUCGUCUGUCCACUUGUGAUCAGAUCAAUCACCUGAAACGCAUCUUAUACCAGGUGUAAACAAGGACAUUUAGCCAAAUCUUGUACAAGUUUUUUUUUUUAUUUUAUUUUUUUUACCCAAUUUGGAAUGCCCCAUUCCCAGUGCGCUUUUAAGUCCUCAUGUUCACAUAGUGAUUCGCCUCAAUCCAGGUGGCGGAGGAUGAAUCCCAGUUGCCUCCGCUUCUGAGACCAUCAACCCGCGCAUCUUAUCACGUGGCUUGUUGCGCGCGUUGCCACGGAGACAUAGCACGUGUUGAGGCUUCAGGCCAUCCACCGUGGCAUCCACGCUCAACUCACCACGCGCCCUACCGAGAACGUACCACAUUAUAGCGACCACGAGGAGGUAACCCCAUGUGACUCUACCCUCCCUAGCAACCGGGCCAAUUUGGUUGCUUAGGAAGCCUGGCUGGAGUCACUCAGCACGCCCUGGGAUUCAAACUAGCGAACUCCAGGGGUGGUAGCCAGCGUCUUUUACCACUGAGCUUUGUACAAGUUUUUUAUGCCUUGCAAAUGUAAACUUUUGGUUUUCUGUGAUUUUUGAAAGUUUUGCACAUUUUGCAGAUUAAAUGUCACAGAGGGGAACAUUAUGUAGCUGGUAAAAAGUUUUUCUUUAAAUUAAGAGAUUGGCUUGUGAUCGUUAUGGAAGCAUCAGUCUCAAUGGGUUGAAAAUUAUAAACAAAUGACUGUGUUAUUGUUUUCGUGUAGAGGUGUAUAUAUUGUUGCUGUCUUGAAGUACAAUUAAAAUUCAAUUAAAAAUCUUAUCAAUCAA